AUGGCGAAGAAAAAGAACUGGAAGCGCAUAGACGUUUCCACCGUGCACGAAUCGCUCGUUGAGAGCAACAUCGCAAAGAGCGUUGCCAGGGAUGGUAUCUCCGAUAAAAUAGAGAUCGAUAUCGUCGGUGAGGCACCGUCGAAGAAGCUCGCCAAAAAGAUCAAGGCGCAGCAGGCCGCCGGACCGUUAGCCGCUCGUGGCGCUGUGGAAAAGGCCAAGCUGAUGAAGCUGGUGGAGAAGAUCAAGCAGAAGAAUGAGAGGAUCGAGAUUGACACCGACGAAUCGGAUGGUCGCCGCAAGAGGGAAAGCGACGACAUCUGGUCGGAGGGGACUGAGAAUUUUGUGAAGCGCCGUCCCAAAAUGCCAAACCUCGCCAAGGUCAUCCCUGCAGUUGCGGCGCCGCACGCAGGCCAGAGUUACAACCCUACCCCGGAGGCCCAUGCAGAGCUUAUCGACCAGGCGGUCGAGGCGCUGCCGAAGGAGGAGCUGGAAUCGGACUACCCGCUGACCGACCUCAUAGAGAAGGCCCUGCCGACGCUGGAGGUCGAGAAGCUCACCUUCAUACAGAAGCAGAAGUUGGCGCAUCUGGUGGUGCAGAAUAACGUCAGCGAGGAAACCAUCAUGGAAGUACUACAGGAGACCCCCGAAGAAGGUGGCGAGGAGGAUCCUAACGAUGACGAAGAUGAGGAGGAAAGUAUGCCAGAGAGACGCAGCCGCGCCAACAGGCUCAAUAAGAAGACGCGGGCCCAGCGUAACAGGAUCAAGCAACACAGGGAAUCAAUGAAGCAAGCGCAGAUGCGAAAACGCGUCAAACAGCUGGUGCACGACAUCCGAAGCCUGAAGAAGGAUGCCAUCACCGCCGAGGACACUGAUGCCAACCGAGAAGGAAGGGAGGAACGGCUGCGUAGGUACCUUGAGGGACUUGUAAAGGGCAAGAACGUCCCCAGGUUCGGAAACAAGGUCUACAAGGCGGACCCGCCGCCAGUCGCGCUCUCUGAUGAGAUGAAGGCCUGCCUCAGGCAGCUGCAGACACCGACCAAGACCCCGGUCGACCACGUACUGGAUUCAAUAUACAGGCGUGGGCUCGUGCCAGCGCCGCCUGUUAUCGACGAGAAGUACCGCGAACACGCGCGACUCGUUGUCCUCGUGCAGGAGUUUGCCGUCCAUUCGGAGCCCAAGAUUCUUCCCAACGACGCCAGCGCCCUCUUCACCCUGCGGCUUAAGCUGCUAGUCUUCGCGCCGGAGGUCGGCGAGCUGCUGAGCGGCACCGUCGUGGGCUCCGACUCCGCGGGGAUAGAGGUGUCGCUCGGAUUCUUCAGCGACAUCAAGCUGAUAUCGCUGUUCAUGCCGCAAAACGCGGCGUUCGACCAGGAUGCCAAGGCGUGGUAUGUCGUAGAAAACGACACCAAACGCUACUGCAAAUCGAGCACCUCUGUCAACUUCCAGGUCGUAGAGGUCACUUACAACGAGAUGAACGGUACGGUCCAUGCAUAA